AUGGCUAACAACGUGACCGCUACCAAAGAGGCUACUAAGCGUACAUUCACUUGCAGUUUCUUCAGUGAGGAUAUGACACAUCUGAUUCAGUUGAGCACUCUAGUUACUGGGCAUAACUUGGAUGAGUUCAGAAAGACAUAUGGCCAUAUCUUGCACAUGUUGACUUCUCAGGUUGAUGAAUGGGCUCUAUACACGCUCCUUCAGUUCUAUGAUUAUGAGCUACGUUGUUUCACCUUUCGAGACUAUCAACUGGCUCCUACCCUUGAAGAGUAUGCUGACAUUCUCAAGAUUAAGGUUCAACGUAACUGGAAGCCUAAUGGUGGAACCCACGGAUUCCAUGUGAAAUUUCUGAUAAAGAAGGCCAACGCCCUUGCUGUUGAGAAGAAAUGGAAAGAAUUCAACGCUCUCCUAGCCGUUAUGAUCUAUGGUUUGGUGUUGUUCCCGAAUAUUUCGAAUUUCGUCGAUCUAACUGCUGUUUGUCUCUUCAUGGAUCAAAAUCCUGUGCCCACUCUUUUAGCGGAUACUUAUUAUACCAUUCAUUCCAGGUAUGGGAAGAAAGGAUCAGUUGGCGGUUGUUUACCGUUGCUAUAUGAGUGGUUCACUUCACACUUGCCUAAAAAUGGGCCGUUCGUUAUGACGAAAGACUCACAGAAAUGGCCUGAAAGGAUCAUGAGGCUUACUGCAAACGACAUUGUCUAG